UUUCCACCUAACGACUUCAAAUUAAAACACAUUAAAAAAGUCCACAAUUUCUAAAGAAAAAAGUGAAAGAAGAGAGAAAAAAAGCCACAGAGAGCUUAGAGUCUUUCAAUAUAUAUAAGCUCACACUAGCUCUCAAUAAACCCACUAUAUCUAAUUGUCCCUUCUCUUCUCUCUAUCACACUAUACUUCACACAUCAUGGCUCUCUCCAUUAGAACCUCCCUCUUCUUCUUCUUCACUACACUUGUUCUUCUCUCCACUCAAAUCCAUGCAAGAGACAGCUAUUUCUUUGGAAAAUUCCAUAGAGAAUCCCCUAAAGAUCAAAACCCUAACAGUUUCAUCCCUCUCGAGACUAGCGAGAAAACCACCGUAGAAGAAUCCGUCCCCAACAAGAAAGAGCAAGAACAAGAUCCUACCUUUGUCCCCGAGUCUGAAAACGGCUAUGGCUUGUAUGGUCACGAGACCACCUACAAUAACAACAACGACAACAAAGAAGAGUUCAACAAUAACAACAAGUACGAUGAAAAAGUCAACAGCAAGACUUUCUCCACUCCAAGCCUGAGCGAGACCGAGGAGUCUUUCAACAACUACGACGAAAAGUACCCGAAGACAACAGAGACCUACGGCACUAACGGUUACAACAAUGAAGAGUUCAAUAACAACAACAACAACAAGUACGAUGCAAACUUCAAGGAAGAGUUCAACAACAACAAGUACGAUGAGAAUUACGCCAAGGAAGAGUUCAACAACAACAACAACUACAAGUACGAUGCAAACGUCAAGGAAGAGUCUUUCCCCGAGAAUAAUGAAGACAACAAGAGAAACGUCUACAACUCUAACGCUUACGGGACAGAGCUAGAACGUGAAACACCGUACAAAGGUUACAGCCACAACUUGGAGAGACAAGGCAUGAGUGACACAAGGUUCAUGGAGAAAGGUAGCUACUACUACGACCUUUACAACGACAGAAACCACGGCCAUUACUACCGAAAGUCUCACAGCAAAAGCCCCGCUGGUUAUUAUUCAUCCCCCGCAACCGAGACUAACUACGAGCAGCAAUCGUAUUCGUACGGAAACAACAACGAGGAGAACAGUUUUAAGGAUCCGUACAACUCCAAGUGGGAGAAGAACUUGAUGAAUGAACAGCCUGAAGAGUUUGUUGAGGAGCAAGGCACUAAUAAGUUCAACCCUUGAUGAAGAUUGUUAUUUGAUUUCCUCUCAAGACUACUACACUCUUAAAAGCACUUUCUUUCUUUAUUUCAACUAAGUUAUAUUACUUAUUGUUUAGUCAAACUAUAUCGUUGUUAUCAUUGCAACAAAUUAAAAGUGAAAACAAAAACAAAAAAAAAGAGAAAGGGAUUUGUGUUUUUUAGUUGAGGUGGGUUUGCUUUUUUAUGGGUUUUUGAACUUUGAUGUUUGCAUUUGCAUAUAUUAUUCGGUGAAAAGAAAGAUAGUUUAUAUAUAUGGUGCUACUUUAUGUUA